GCAAUUCACCCCAACAAAAAUGAUGCGCGUUGAUAAAAACAGAGCAGUGGUGGUGCUGGUGGUGUUGGCGGCGGUGGUGGCCGGAGUGGACGGCCGGCGGCACAGGGGGAUUUUGGUCGGGGCGUGGAGCGAGGUCAAAGACGUGAGGACCAACAGAGAAAUUCAGGAGCUGGGUCGAUUCUCGGUGGCAGAAUUCAACUUCCAGCAGCAGAAGCAGAGGAUUGUGAAGUAGAGUGGUGGUAGUGAAGAGGAACAGAAGACUGCGGCUGCUUCGUUUGGCGAAGACGAAAACAGAGGCUCUGUUACAGAGCUAGGGCAGCCUGAGGAAGACUCUCCUUCCCAAAAACGACAGCGUAAGUCCCAGUCUGGCUGAGUAUCUACUUGCGGGUUUGCGGGUUGCGUUUCGGUUUUGCGGGUUUCAGUAACCCGAAACCGACACAAUUGAUAUCGGGUUGGACCCGAAAAAACCGAAACCGAGAAUGAAAAAACCGGUUCGGGUUAACCCGGAAACCCGAAACCGGAUUGACAGGCCUAAACUUGGUUCAUUUUGAAUCAAUAGUGAGAAUAUUG